AAACUCAGGUGGCUUUGUUUGGUUUACCCUGGACAGGAGUCUGUUCUAUUCCAAGGGAUAAAAAAAAUGAAAUCACCUCCGUAGUGCUGGUUGUUCGUAGCCUUGGCGAACUACUGUACCUGCAGCAUGUGGCGCACGAUGGAGAAGGACAUGAAAGGGAGCGCUGCUCAGCCUCUGGCUUGUAAUAAUGUCAGUGAAAGGAUUGACCCCUACGGCUUUGAGAGGCAUCAUGAUUUUGAAUCCUACAAGGAGAUGAUGAAUGAGUACGUAGCUGUCCUCAACAGAAGGUCCACGAGAUGGUCCAAGCUCCUUCAAGAGAAACCUCAUAUAGAGAAGAAUUUGACAGUGAAGCGGUAUGUGCGUAAAGGUGUGCCCAAUGAGCACCGAGCCAUGAUCUGGAUGGCAGCUAGCGGCGCCCAGGAACGACAGGAGAGUAUCCCGGGUUACUACCAGUCCCUGCUGGCCAUGGAGCACGACGCCAAGCUGAAGGAAACCAUUCAAAUGGAUAUCAACAGGACCUUUCCUAACAACGUCCUCUUCAAGAGCCGAGCCGAGUCGGGCCUGCAGAGGGCUCUGUACAAUGUGCUGCUGGCCUACGGACACCAUAAUAAGGCAGUGGGCUACUGUCAGGGCAUGAACUUCAUUGCAGGCUACCUCAUCAUCAUCACCAAAGAUGAAGAUAAAUCCUUCUGGCUCAUGGAUGCAUUGUUGGGCAGAAUUCUCCCAGAUUACUACAGCCCAGCCAUGUUGGGGCUGAAGAUUGACCAGGAGGUUCUUGAGGAGCUGGUGAAGGCCAAAGCCCCCGCAGUAGGACAGCUCAUGGCCCAGUUUCCUGGCAUAUGGACACUGGUUGUGUCACGCUGGUUCAUCUGCCUCUACAUUGACAUACUCCCAAUCGAGACAGUUCUGCGGAUCUGGGAUUGUCUUUUCUAUGAAGGCUCCAAGGUCCUUUUCCGUGUUGCUCUGACACUCAUCAUUCACCACCAGCCAGAGAUCCUGAGGGCUCGCUCACUGUCCGACGUGUGCGAGUGCUUCAAACAGAUCACCUGUGGAGCUUUCACUCUGGACUGCCACACCUUCAUGCAGAAAACAUUCUCAGAACCUGGAAGUCUCUCGAUGGCAACUAUUGAUAAACUGAGAGAGAAGUGCAGACAUCAAAUCCCGAUGGAAGAAUCUGGGUGGCAGUAAAGUUAUGGAUCCUCAGUUCCCCUCCAUGUACGAUCAGGAACUUUGUUAUUAUUACUGGACAUGCACACCAUUGGACAUACUGGUGGCUUUAGAUAUGUUAAACUCUAUUAAUCCUGUAGCAGGGGCGUUUCAAGGGACUGUUUGGGCCCCGGGCAAAAGGGACCCGGGGGCCCUACAUCAAACCAAAGAAGUAAAGACUGGAUAUCUGGAGGAUGCGCUGAAGCUUUUCAGCUGAUGUGAAUCUUGUCUUUUUGCUGGAAGGUACAGUCUUCUGAAUAUUUUUGCAACUAUAGAUCAUCCCACCUGACGCUUUGUAGUAUUCAAUUCUGUCAUAGGAAUGAUCGUAUUUGAUCUGUUACUGUGGCGAAUAACAGUUGUACAUGUACAUUUUGUUUUCAUCAGUGUCUGUGAUAAGAGAGUUAGUGUGCAGUCUGUUGCACAGCAAAACAAAACCAGAUACCGUUUUAACCAUGCGUUUCUCCGUUUGAAGCAAAACGAGUGUACAGAACGUGGUGUUUCUCUGUUUUAUUGUUAACAGAAACCCGAUAACUGCUAUAAUCCGUCUCCUGAUUUAACUGGCCUUAAAACUGGCAAGAGGAAGUGAUAAUUUACGUGUUACAUGAUAGUCCUACUUAAACAACCGGUUAUGCAGCUGCUCCAAACCUGUAGCUGAAUAAUAAAGUUAGACAUUCCCGUGGACUUUUGAGGUACAGAAAAAUUGACUGCAUAAAGUCUCAGUCACAAUAAAUCAAGGUGUUGGUUGGUGAGCCAAAGGCUUGUUAAACUCUGUUGUCCCUGUCGGAAACAGACGAUGAUUUACAUCAGGUGAGAAAUGGACGCCAGGUACUUUCAUUCCUUUGCUCUAUAAAACUGAGAACUACCUCAAAUCAACGCGGGCAGGUUUAGCAACAUUUGAACAGGUGAGACGGAAUGAGGCACAAGAUUAAAGGUUGUAAAUUGAGUAAAAAUGUCUUUAAAUUGUAAAAUUCGAAAGCUCCGACUCUUGGGAGUAAUAACCCAUACAUGGUAAAUAGCUACAUGGUUUAUUUGGUGAAAUUGAUCAAUGUCAAAAAAAAAACCUACUUAUUUUAAUAUCAACAAAAAGCUGCUAUUCGUCACUCAACCUACAGCCUUGGACAGAGACACUACUGAUGAAACCAGACCUUUUCCCUGGUUUUAUUGAGAUAAUUUAGUGAACACGCCUCAUGUGACAGGCUCCAAGGUAAGAGGCCUGAGGACUGCUACUUCACGUCAGACAUCUUUGCACAUCUUUCCCCCACUCUGCAUUCAAAGACAGACACACCAUUUGUAAAGAAGAAGAAAAAAAAGUAUGAGCUCAGUACUGGCAAACUACGCAGCAUUCAGACUCUGUAGUUCUCAGGUCCUGUUGGCUUCCGCAGUUAAACAUGAUCCAAACCUCAAACUGGGGUUAAACUAAUGGAAAAACUUACACAAAUAUAUUCUAAUUUAGUCUUUGACACAUGAAAGACAAUUUUAGUUUAAAAUGACAAAAUGUGAUUCCACAACUCAAUACCAUAAUUUAAAAAACAAACCUAGGCCCGUCACAAUCAUAACGUUAUCAACUUAUCGUACGAUACAUGAAUAUGAACUCAAUUUUUACUGACCUCAAUAACAACCAUUGUGUCUUCAUGCUUGUUUGUUGACAUAACAAUGAAUGUCAACAACAGUUCACUGAGUCUGUUCUUGUCGUAUGAUUAAUCAAUUACCAGUCUGGUCAGUAAAAUGUCAGAAAA